AAAUCACUCUCAGUGUUUCGCCAGCAACGAGCAGAGUAUCAGAAAAGAUCGUCUGUGUCCCCAGAAGUAGAGGCAGCAGCAAAAAAGAAGAUUGUUUCAACCUUCACCAGUUCUUUUUUCUGGGCCACUACAAUACUGCACUGCACUGGACUGCAUCGAUUGGGCAUAGCUCAGAUUCGCGACUGACCGUUGAAAGUGUUCUUCUCCCGGCUUUCUUAUAACCCGUGUUCAAGACAAACCUGGUGAAAUUUAUACGUGAAGACUCUGGAAAUACUCUCGGGCAGCGAAAUGGUGUGGUCGUUCUGUGAGUUCCUACCAAACAAGUAAUGUUAGUGUUCAAUGUUCAUGCAUAAUAUAGUGAUAAUCAGCAUGCGUCUGCCGACGAGGAAAUCGAUUCCAAGUGUGUCGUUGUGAGUGAGGAAGCUAAUCAAUUCGGUAUCCGUUCAAAGCAACACGACAGGCUGUGAUUGUAAGAGAGCAGUGAUUGUCCGUGCAUUUGUAAAGAGUACAGCAAAUCAAUAUUCGUGGUCGUCUAGCUAGAUGGCCAUCACCUCCGACAAGGUCUCAAUAGCGUUCGCUUAUCAUACCAGCCUGCCUAUAUUUUCUUGUUCACACGCAACCAGCUAGAGAGUAGUUAGCAGCCAAGGGUAGCCGAGCUGUAGCUCGUGAAUUGAACCAAUAAUCUGCGGCUUCUUUAAUGAGAAAAAUCAUCGCCCACUAGACAACCCCCUGUCGGUGUCAAGGAACCCUGCCAAUACACGGACGGAUACACGAUACGCAGGAUUUUCGACCGGCCGAAGAAAUAUGAGAAAUGCUGAACGGUCCUUUCCCACAUUAAUUAAAUCGACUAGUGCUACGACGAAGACGAAAUUUUCGAGUGUUUGUGGUCAAAAACGGAAGCAGCUACCAACGGAAUAGAUUACAUAUCCGGGGGUGUGUUGUUUUUGGAGCCGUGUAGUGGGGGUUUGUUCUCGUGGCGUGUCUGUUAACUGACAGUGCACGUGCCUGGUGGAUCGUGACUUUGGUGAAGAUUCAUCAGCAGUAGUGGAAGAUACCCGAAAGAUAAUCGUUCAUCGUUAUAUAAGAUUUGAAACGUGAUUAACUAACUGUUUGGCCCAUAGUGAGUGUAAUUUAUCGUGGGUGGGUGUUUUGUUAUCUCCAACGGACGAUUGAGAGGGAAGGGGUAGUGCUCGAUUAGUCGUUAUUGUUUAAUUGCAUUUGGGCAAAAUUCUCGCCAAUAUAUUGAACGAAAUGGCUGCCCAGCCAGCUUGUACCCGGUUUUCGGAUAAUUACGAAAUUAAGGAGGAGCUAGGAAAGGGUGCAUUUUCGAUCGUAAAGCGAUGUGUGCAGAAAUCGACUGGAUUCGAAUUCGCUGCUAAGAUUAUCAAUACAAAGAAGCUUACCUCGCGAGACUUUCAGAAGUUGGAACGAGAGGCACGGAUAUGCCGCAAAUUGCAGCAUCCUAACAUUGUUAGACUGCACGACAGUAUUCAGGAGGAGAAUUACCACUAUUUAGUGUUCGAUUUGGUGACUGGUGGAGAGUUAUUUGAGGACAUUGUAGCCCGUGAGUUCUAUUCAGAAGCUGAUGCAUCGCACUGUAUACAGCAGAUUCUGGAAUCUGUCAACCACUGCCACCAAAAUGGAGUCGUGCAUCGAGAUCUGAAGCCUGAAAAUCUACUGUUAGCUAGCAAGGCCAAGGGUGCAGCAGUGAAACUGGCGGACUUUGGUUUAGCGAUUGAAGUUCAGGGAGACCAACAGGCGUGGUUUGGAUUUGCCGGUACGCCUGGUUACCUAUCACCUGAGGUAUUAAAGAAGGAACCGUAUGGCAAAGCGGUCGACAUUUGGGCAUGUGGUGUUAUCCUAUACAUUCUACUAGUCGGUUAUCCGCCGUUCUGGGAUGAAGAUCAACAUAGGCUGUAUGUGCAGAUCAAGGCUGGUACAUAUGAUUAUCCGUCACCUGAGUGGGACACGGUGACACCGGAAGCAAAAAACCUAAUCAACCAAAUGUUAACAGUUAACCCCUACAAACGAAUCACCGCGGCUGAAGCACUGAAGCAUCCUUGGAUCUGCCAACGAGAGCGUGUGGCAUCUGUGGUGCAUCGACAGGAGACUGUGGACUGCUUGAAGAAGUUCAACGCCCGGCGCAAACUCAAAGGUGCUAUACUGACCACGAUGCUAGCAACCAGAAAUUUCUCCAGCAAGAGUAUGAUUGCCAAAAAGGGCGAAGGCUCGCAGGUAAAGGAAUCGACCGAUUCCUCGAGCACUACCGUCGAAGAUGAUGACUGCAAAGCACGUCGACAGGAAAUCAUCAAAAUCACCGAACAAUUGAUCGAGGCAAUCAACAACGGAGACUUUGAGACGUACACCAAGAUCUGCGAUCCCCAUUUAACUUCAUUCGAACCAGAAGCGUUGGGCAAUCUGAUCGAGGGUAUGGACUUCCACAAGUUCAACUUUGAAAAUGUGCUUGGAAAGAACAACAAGGCGAUUAACACGACCAUCCUAAAUCCACACGUGCACAUCUUUGGAGAGGACACGGCCUGCAUCGCGUACGUACGGUUAACACAGUACGUUGACAAGCAAGGUCACCCGCAUACCGUGCAGACCGAGGAGACCCGGGUAUGGCACAAAAAGGACAACAAGUGGCAGAAUGUGCACUUUCACGGUAGCCGCAACGGUAGCUUCAGCAACACGGCAACGCAGUACGAUUUUGUGAACCAUAAGUAAAUCCCAGUCUAGAGAGAGCCACUCCGGCGUUCAUGGUAACGGUAAUGUUUCAUACUAACAUGAACUUUUGUUUAAUUUCAAUUCAGAAGGAAAACACUACAUCAUAUACUUGUUCGUUGAAUAAUAAAUUAAUGAUGAAAAAUAGUUUAAAGAUUCUAAUAUCUCUGUAACCAAGGAAAAAACGUAAAGCAAACAUGAAUCAAUGGUGACACGAAACGAAUAGCUAAAGCAAGUGGCGGAGAACAAUGCUUUUAAAAAAACACUCCCAAUCAGCCGCAGGGGAAGCAAAAUCUUACGCAAACAUAUUUUCAUAGAAAAUAUAUUGAGGAAAUUUUAAAGAAAAAAAAAACUAAACAUUAACGGUAAUUACACACAUUUUCGACGGAAGCAAACCUCGAUUUCUCAAAAGAAACACAAAAAAAGCAGAAAAGAUUAUUAACAAAACAACAUUUGCAUUUUUUACAAAACCCAAUUUAAAACAAAAAUAAAAAAACGGUAUGUAAUGAAAGCAGCAUGUUUGAAGAAUCCAAUUUCACUCAUGUGACAGUUUAGUAUCUCUCCCGUUUUUCAAGUACAUUUCUCAACUUCUCUCUAUCAUUCAUGUUUUAAAGUAUUUACAAGAAAACAAAAGCUAAUCAAGUGGAAGUAGUCAAUAGAAACGAAUUGAAAAUUGCCUAUGGUUCGGAAAGAAAGAAAAUGAAACGAGAUAAACGGCUGAUGGUAUUUAAAAAUCUCGUCUCUCUAAACUGCCAGAGAGGUAGCAAACCAAAACAACAUAGUGAACCUAUUAACGCAUAACUAUCGAUAGUGCUGUGCUAAAGAGAAAAAAGUAAAUAGAACCCGAAACACGAAUCUGCUGUUAGAGUGAGAAAGAAUCAAGACUAAACACACAGCCAUGUUCAAAAACAAGAUUAAAGGAUACGGAAAUCGGUCGAAAUCGGUUAAAUGAAUAUUAGCGAGAGUGAGCCUAAACUAGUAAACAGUAGCAAGAGCAGCAACAACAAUUGAAGCAAAAGCAAACCUACACACGCAGGCAUGCAAACUUACACACAUACACGCAGAAGGAACAAAAAAAAACAAAGAAUAAACAUCGCAUCUUACUCUACAUCGUCACCAUAUUAGAUAGAAACGAUUAUAUAUACUUAAAAGGUAAACAAAAACAUAAACUACUUUACGCGCAUAAUUGUACCAUAUAACAUCACCAAAACAAACAAACAAAAGCAAAUCUUAAAUGAAAGGUGUGAAGAGCAAGAAGUAAUAGAAUGUGACACAGCAACACGUGAAUCUGCUAGGCGUUUAAGAUGUGUGAAAGUUGAAACUUGUUGCUUUUAGUAAAAGGGAAAAAAUGACCAUCACGAUCUUAGUUUUUAUGAUUAUAUUUGAAGUGUAGCGUAAUUUAGGAAACCCCCUUUUUGGAUGAGAAUGUUCUUGGAUUUGUUGACCAACGUAAUUAGAAGAAGAACAAACUCUAAAAUUGGCUAGAGUGUACUUUUAAAGCUAAAGCAAAGCUAACGAUCGGUAGCAGGUCACGGUACGGUAUGAGAGCUUUGGAGUUCUGUUAAGUUUUAUCGGCAUUAACCGAUACUGUUUUAUACAAUUGGUAGUAGUGUUAGCUGUUCAACAUUUAUGCAGCUUGAAUCAAACAUUUCAUUUUUUAUGGCAGCAACCUGGUUAGGUUUCUUCGAACUUGAUUUUCAUGAUUGAUUCAAUUCAACAACGAUAAUAGUUCGAAAUUGCCUUCGAACAAGCAGCUCGGCAUCACUUCUAUUCGGAAGUGGGUCAUUCGUUAAAUAUAGAACUAAUCAUGGUCAUCUCUGGAAGCCGACAAAGCUGUAACGCAAUUGGUGGUCCUAACGUGAGAACCGCUAAACGAGUCGUUGCUCGAGUCUCAUUUCUUGUUUCAGCCAAAUUACCAUAUUCAAAAGAGUCAAUGUGACAUGUUGAUCAUGAGCUCACACUUAAUGAAAGAAAAUUUGGCCGACGAUGUUCUUCAGAAACGAAAAUUCCUCGGACAUAAAAUACACGGAAAUAUGAAUUGCUCGUAAAAGAGGGAAUAUAAUCCGAUGUGUAUAAAGGGUGUUAAGAUCAAAAGUUGGUCAAACAAGAAUGGGUGUAAAUCGGUCUAACUUUUUAUUGGAAAAUUAUAUCAUGUUUCCUUGGAAAGUUAAAUUCAUACAGAAUACAGAAAAAAAUAUUCAUGCGAACUUCCUUUUUUGCGAAAGCGAAUUGCCGGACCAUUCAUUUGACUCCUUCCUUCAAGUUUUGCACAGCCUCUUUAGCUACUUUUUUCCUGUAGAACGCCAGCUUACCUUGAGCUGCAUUUCUCUGGCAACUGUUUUUCGCGUCUUCUUGAGGUUCCGCUUGACGAUUACCCAAUAUUUUUUCUAAUGGGCGGAGCAUUGACGUGUUGAGAGGGUCCUUCGGCACCACUUGAACCUUUUUCACGGCAUACCACUCCAUGACCUUCUUCCGUGAUGGCAAAAUGCCAAAUCCGUCCAAAACAGAACGGAACAACUGGGUUGCUUGAGAAAAGGCGAAAUACGUUUUUCCACACACUCCUGUGUCGUAUUUUUUGGCCUCCAUUUUGUUUUUUUUAUUCGCACCGCAAGACCAUACGUGUUAACGCUUCAAAGAUCGAAUACUGAAUGCCUGUGCAAACACGCUCGCGAUUGCGUUAGCCCAAAAUGGCGAGGGGAUCUCUCUCACUUUCUCUUUACCAGAAUUGCUCUCAUUCACUCUUCGUUGCUCUCGCAGUCUAUACCCAGUAGAGUGACAGAAAAAAAUGACCCCCAUCGGCCCACCCCUGAGUCGAUUGCUAGUCCCACCAGGAGUGUCUGCUCCAAAUUUGAGCCAAAUCGAACAAGUCUAGCUACCGGACCAACGUGCUUGAAGUUUGUAUGGGAUUUUUCGACAAUUUACAUAGAGAAAACCCUCUUGCUCACAUUUUCACCGCUAGGUGGCACUGUAUACAUCAGAUUAUCACCAAAAGUGAAACUUAAGAAGAUAAUUUUAUUAUCUACAACUUUGUUGAAGACUGCAAAGCGAUCCGACUCCAAUAGGAAAAGUUAUUAAACUUUUAACGAAGUGAUGUCUGAGUCAGUUUUGCAUGGGGCCUAGCAGUGCAUGAUAGUGUAUCAGUACUAGGUUCUAACAAACUAAACAUUUUAUGGAAUAAUGGUUAGAUUUAGCUGAAUAGUAUGUUCGGAAGAAUUGUAGUACAUAAUACGAGUUAUGUUUUGGUUAGAAAAUUGUAGUUCCACAUCUGACCGCAUAGAUGGCGCCAACACUAACUUUUCAACGAAGAGAGAUAGAAAUUAGGUGUCUUCCACAAAGUUGUAGAACAAGAAUAUUGCAGUAAUUCUUCCAAACAUCUCGAUACUCUAUCUCUCUCCGUUGAAAAGUUAGUGUUGGCGCCAUCUAUGCGGUCACAGAUUGAACUAAAAUUUUCUAACCAAAACACAACUCGUAUUAUGUACUGCAAUUCUUCCGAACAUACUAUUCAGCUAAAUCUAACCAUUAAUCCACAAAAAUGUUUAGUUUGUUAGAACCUAGUACUGAUACACUAUCAUGCACUGCUAGGCCCCAUGCAAAACUGACUCAGACAUCACUUCGUUAAAAGUUUAAUAACUUUUCCUAUUGGAGUCGGAUCGCUUUACAGUCUUCAACAAAGUUGUAGAUAAUAAAAUUAUCUUCUUAAGUUUCACUUUUGGUGAUAAUCUGAUGUAUACAGUGCCACCUAGCGGCGAAAAUGUGAGCAAGAUGGUUUUCUCCAUGUAAAUUGUCGAAAAAUCCCAUACAAACUUCAAGCAGGUUGGUCCGGUAGCUAGACUUGUCCGAUUUGCUUCAAAUUUGGAGCAAGUACUCCUGGUGGGACUAGGAAUCGACUCAAAGGUGGGCCGAUUGAGUUUUCAAAAAUUUAUUAUUUUUCUGGGCAGUCUAUUACCCAGUAAACGAAAUGGCGGACAGCCAGGUUAAACUAGAUGCUGGCGAUCGGUAGACUAUAGAAACGUUGUUCUAGGCUAUCCGCCGUAACUUGCCGUUUACUGUAAAAGUAGUGUGGGUAGAUGCAGGCUAACGAAGCUCUCAUCCGUUCAUGCUUUUCUGUCUCUCUUUUUUUUUAUUUGCUUUUUUUUCUUGUUUCCGGUCGUUGUACAAACAUCGCAUUAUUUACACUGUUAUUCGAAUGCAUUAAAUAAAGAGUUUUAUUAUUUUUUUCGAUCUAAGGUGUAGGAAUCUUUCCGAACAAAACUUAUAUCCUAGAAUUCCCGGUCGCUGCGCAAGCUUCCCGUUUUAUCUACACUGUUAUUUGAAUUUAAAAUUAAGGAGUUAUCUUUGUUUCAUUACUGUUUUUGUACUUCGGUGUGGGAAACGUUUAGUAUUGAACUUAUAUCCUACAUCCUGCACAUACAUUUCCUAGUUGAUGGUCCCGGUUGCGAUGUAAAUGUUGCUCUGCCAGUGGUUAGACCCGAGAUAUUUCUUUGUGAACUCGAAAACGUAAUGCGCCAUCUUUCUUCUUCAGAGUUGGCAUAUAAUAUUCCUGUCCAGGAAGCUGUUUAAAAUCUGUCUUGACGCAGGUUUCGUCAUCCUAUACAACGCAAUCAAAUUUCGUCUUAUAGUCACAAUUUGGUGUCCCCCGGCUUCUUGUAAGUCGGCUUUUCGGCUCGUUUUUAGCUCGAUGUACGGUUAUAGACGAUACUUUUCCUCAUUUUUGUAACCUCCGGCAUUCGAUUUCUCCCCGAUUCAGUUUUCCUGGCUAUCGAUUAAUGUCUGCCGAAUAAUUAUAUUACAUCGGUUGACAGUUGAUUUGGUCACAUUCAACAAUUUCGCCAACUUGGCGUGCAAGUAGCUCGGAUUUUUGCGAUGCGCGAACAAAAUUUUGCUUCGUUGCUCCGCUUGCUUCGAUGCCAUUUUCACAACUGAACAGCAAAUAUCAAAAUCAAACAGUAGGCAUGAUGUUACCCACAUACAUCUCUAAAAGGAGGGGUGUGUUUGUUUUUUAAUGCACGAUGAAAAUAAAAUGCGUCAAGUUGAAGUUGACCAAUUUUUGAUCGUAACACCCUUUAUUACGAGAGUUCUUUUUAAAAUAUUAAUAUUAUUGUUUAUUGGGGGUUUUAACCGAUUGGUCAUUCGCCCGUAUGAUUGAUGUUACAAUAGUAUUAGUUACAUUUCAUUCUACAGUCUAAAAGCUUUCCUUUUUCUUUUUUGGUAUAUUUUCUCUUGAAAGGGUUGGUUGUCUAUUCAGUUGACGAAGUCGAGGAAGACCUCUCCAGCAUCCAGCCGGGUUGUGGCGGAGGACUCACGGUUGGUUGGUUUUCACUUCGGGUUUCUGUAGUUGUUCCAGGUUGGCUCAUCGCAUCUCCAGCACUGCAAGGGUGUGGCAGAGGGGCCGUUGAUAGUGUGGUUGUAGUGUUGUGUUGAGAUUCCUUCGAGGGUUCGGUCUUGACUGAUCUGAGUUGUGUUGGUGGGGAUUUGCUCUGUUGAGAUGUCUUCGAAAGUUCGGUAUUGGCUGAUCUGGGCCGUGGGAGACCUCUCCAGCACCCGGUGGGAGUGUGACAGAGGGCCCACAGUCGGUUGCGUUCCGCUAGUGGUGGGAUUGAUUGGAAUUGACUGGUAAGGGACGCGGCGAAAGUGUGGCAGAGGGUCCACGUUUGGUCGAAUUGGCUCAGAUAUGGUCGUAUAGGCGAGCGUCCUUUAAAGAUAGAAGAAGUACUUUCUCCCGGACUGGGUCUUUGGACAGGACAGAAUUCGCCAGAUCCAGCCGUCGCCGAAAGUUCUCGAGUUCCCAAAAGUUGCAUAGGAGGUGUUCUACAGAGAGUCCUGUGUGGUACAUUCUGGUGUUGGUUCUCUAGAGAAGGUGUGGGUGUGAGUACCUCUAGUGUGUCCCACUAGGAGUCGGAAGAGUAUUCGCUGGUUUUUUAAACAGGCUCGGUCAGACUAGCGUUCAGCAAUUCCCUUGACCUCCGCGAGGCCACGGAUCUCUGCCAGUGGUUAGUGAAUCCGUUCCGCAGAUUCGUGUUGACCUCUAUGUAUAUGUCGAUUGAUGGUAUUUCUUCUGGAAUUCGAACUGCACGUCUGCCGUGUAGGGCUAGCCGGUCGGCAUCUAUGUUCCCUUUGAUGCCGCUAUGACCAGGGAUCCAGCACAGUGUGAUCGGCGGGACACGAUGGCCUGUACGAAUGGGUGGUUUGAAGUUCUUGAUACGAAGUCCCGUAGGACUGACAAGGAAUCGGUUGAAAUUACGGUUGGUUCAUCGCUUUUUACAUUAGUUUUUCUUGUGGGAUGUAGAAAUAACCCAGUCAAAUCUAUCCGGAAUGUUUCCAGCGAAUAAAAUUCUCAAUUUUAGAGUUGCGGAUAAUGAUUCUAACUGCUACCAACUAGCGUACUUUGAAUUUUACAUACCCCACCUAUAGUAUUCCUCUUUCCAUGUAUCAAUGUAAGAUAGCAAUGACUAUUGCAGUAUCAAGAGGCAGUCUCCAGUUAAUUCGGCCCAUGGUUAUUUAUCACCAGCCUCACAGGGCUUGGUUCUUCAACUUGAUCGAUCCAGCUUGCUCGUUGUGCACCUCUUCGCCGCAUUAGGUUGUUGAUUGUCAUUCUGACGACAUACCCAGCCCACCAUGGCUGUCCAAUUUUUGCUGUGAGAACGAUGGGUUGUUCUCCCAGCUACGGUUCCAAUUCGUGAUUCAUACGCCGUGUCGUCCAAAAUUUGCGUGUCACACGUCAUCAGAGAAGUCAACCGGCUCAACGGAUUUCUGGAAAAUCGUACCACUCGUGUCAAUCCUCACUCUUCUUAGCAGUUACGGGUGUUCAUGUCCUUGAGUACGAAAGUGACCCCGUUGGCUUCGUAUCACUCCAAGACAACAUUAUUCAAGUGGAACGAAGCUAGAUCUGGCCAGAAGAUCGUAGGGCCCUCGUGUUGUUUCAACAGAGAAAGCAGACGCUUCUGUAGACACUCCUUUAGGUCGAUAUUCCCGUUUACAGUCCUGGUAGUCACAAACGGCGCACUCCGUUUGCCACAUGAGCAGAUCGCUUGCCAAAUCAUGUAUUUAUUGUCAAACUUCUGUUUCUGUUUCCUUACUUCCUCCUGAAUAUCAAACUUGUGCUAGGCGGUAAAGAGGAGGAGCUCAGCAAGCUGCCGGAAGUCCACCUUGAUGUAAGUCCUAUAAUCCAUGAUGAGACAAUCAUGCUUCGUCAGGAUCUAGGUGUACAGUUUCCGGGCCCGUAACUUUCCUACCGUAUUUUGCAGUUCGUUACGAUUCAAAGCCUUGUGCACUUUGUACGUAUGCAGUCCCUCCCGGUCCUUGGCUCUCUGAAAGAAAGACUUGGACAGAUUCAACUUUUGGGCCACAUCCCUGACCGGAGCAUUGGAAUUUCGCUUAAGCGCCUUCACUACACGCUUGUGAUCCUGAUAGCAAAUCAUAAUUGCGGGUCACAUCGCGACUUAUUCUAGGGACACUGUUUGCAGAAAAUAUGAAAACUGCAACAAAAUAAUAUCUUGAGCAGAUAUGAAAAGUAACCCAAUUUAUUGCUUUAAACGUUCGUCCAAACACACAUCAUUUUUUUGUAAUUUGUUUCAGCAAAAUAUUUUGCUGAAACUUUCCAGCAAAAUAGGAUUUGCCAAGAGUCUAGCUUUGAAAUUUUUGCAGCUCAUUAUUUUGCGGAACAUCAGCAAAUCUAUAGAAUUCCAUUGCUGAAACAAUCAGUAAAAGAAUACCAAUUUGGCUGAGUUUCAGCAAAUGAAACUGACAGUUCAGCAAAUUUCGACAGUUUUAAAUUGCUGUAAUUUCAGCGAAAUAUUUUUUGCUGGGAAUAUUGCUACUAUUUAAACUCGGCAUAAUUCAGUAAAAUUUUCGGCAAUCAAAAUUUAGUGUGUAUGGUGAGUGAUGCGUGAGAAAAUUACCCUUUAUUGUAUGUAUACGUAUCGCAACUGUCAUAACACACCACCCGAUCUCGUCCUUGUGCGAAAAUACGCACGCUUGGUUUACUUUCUUUCGUUUACUGUGACUACAGUCGUGAUUCGCUGGUUGGUCACUGUUUAACUGCUUUACCGCUUUUUAGUUGGACCUCCGCUAGUUGGACCAUUGUCCAUCUAAAAAGCAUCUGGAUGUCAAAACCUCGCGUAAAAUUCACUUUGACAAUCAAACUGACUUUAAUUAGAGAUGUUAGCAGAUGCAUUUUCGGUCCAACUAGCGAACCAAAUUCGUUAGUUGGACAGAUGAUGUGGCUCAACCAGCGAAUCACGACCGUAUUGUAAUAAUCACUUAGGUGAAUGACCUAAACUAAAUAGAGGUUUAAUCUUCUCCACUUUAUCUAAGUAUUCAAAAUAUAAUGUUUAAAUAUUUGCUUACCAUGAAAAUCAUAAUUUACCACCGUUGUUCAAGACAAACAUGACUUCUAUUACCAUUUGCCUAAAACGUUUGAAUCAGCAGUUGCAAAAAUUCCAGAACAAGUUCAAUAAUCCCACUCACUUAAGCUACUACUAUUGUGGAAAUGAACGAGCAGCAAAUAAUUGGCUAGCAUUAUAAAUGACUCUCGCAAAAGAAAAAGAUAAUCAAAGAAACAAUGUGAGCUGUCAUCAGCGCCCACUUUUUGCGUUGUAUGGGCUCAGUCGAAGGCAAAACAGAAACCAAGUGCAAAAAGAAUACCAAUCAUCACCCACAAGAUUUGUUUUUAUUUAUAGCAUUGAAUCUAAAGCGCCAAAGUAUUUAGCAAAAUUUAUUAUUAACCACAGAAGUAGUCGAAACACUGAGGAUGGAUAACUUUCCUAGCGACCCAUCGACUAUCGCAUCAUCAUUAUCGGAAUCGCGAGUUCUACAGUGUUAUUUUCUCCAUGCUGGAUGUCGUUCGUCCAAUCCUUUCCACUGAAAUGGUGCGUGUUGCGUAAGAAAACUAUCCGUAUCAACCUCGCAACUUUCAUAACACCAACCACGCCGCCUGGUCUGACUUGAAGCAAUUGCAAUAGCCGAACUUAAGGCGGGGUGACAAGCCGUAAAAAGUUACAACGAGUCUUUGUCGUCAACCUCACGCCAUGGUUUCCAGCCGUAUUCCAGCAGCACCACAACCACAACACACUAUCGGACAGUUCAAUUCCACUGGUAUGUUUGCCUCAUCCUCAUUAUCAAGAUCCUCCUUCCAGAAGGAUGGACCGAACGGUGAAGUGCCAUUCAAUUUUGGUUCAACGACUCAGCAUGUCGGGCUCUUGGUUUUGAUUAGCUCGCUUGCUGGGAAUAUCCGUGACCGGAGAGCUGGUUUCGUUUCCGUUACACACCCACACCAGCCCUCAGCUACACACAUACAGCAAAGCAUGAUAAAAUUAAUCGUGAGUGGGUGGUUAGGCGGUUGGUUGAAGAGGAUAGCGAACAAAUCAGGUGUCAAACUCAGAUUGAACAUGAUAAAUAUUGGCGGAAUGUCGUCGCGUCAAUAGAGCACUGGUGAUUGAGUAAUGGCUCGGAUAGCAGUUCAAUCUGGCCAUGUGGAAAACAUAGGAACAACAAAAGCAGUAAACUGAAACCAGAUGACAAUGGCACGGAAGUAAAUAAGUUAACGAGUGUUGCCCAGAGUUCAUUGUAAUCGUUGAACGCCGAAAAGUGAUGCUAAGUGUUUGUUAUCACGGAGCAUGCAAUGAUUAACGAGCAUCAGUUGAGAAAGUAAACCAACAAAAGGUGACUGUGAAGUAACUGAAUACGAGGGGAAUACGAGUAAUGUUGUUGGGGAAUCCGUUCCCGUCCAAGGAUUGCAUGUUCGUGAUCGGAGAGGUGUGAAGGACACCAUGGCCUAAAUCAAUCAUUGAUGGUGUCGUUCAUACUGGCCAGUGCCAGGUUCUGCGGACGUAUCGUCUAUAAAAAUCCUUCUUAUUAAGCUGUGUCCCUCGCAAACAAACAUCAACAGGAAAAACAGGAAACCCACAUACUGGCAUUUUAUCGAAAUACUACUCGUAUUGCCAUCUGAGAUUCCGAGUUGUACACGACCGCAGCUGCGGUUACUAUCGAGGAAUAUGAAUUUCUCACUAAACCGAAGGUCAGCUGAUCCACUUCAAUGAGUACGCUGUAAAAACAGUAGCUGACUGACAAGGAAAUUCCAUUAACCCUCUGAAUUGGAUGUGUAAAGGUGCAAAGGAUUCCGUUACCAACGUUUUGAGGGAGUGGCAAACUGAAUCGUAAACAUGAUGCACGUGAAAUGAAUGGAUUGUGUCGUGCUUGAGCAAUAAAUUGAUUCGAUAUCAUGCGGAUAGAAAAACGUUUUCAAUCAGAUUAAUUCGAACGAAUUUCAAGCAAAUAGCUAACACAUUAUAGUUCACAAUUCAAAUUCCACAUUUUAAACUGUAGGUAAUUAAAAAUUUUGUUUUGAACUAUUGCAACACUCUCAUGUCGCACAUUUAUUCUCCUGCUUACCGGUUUCGGAUUCAUACCAGCGAAUUUUCUCGGUUUAUAGACAACAAAGCUUUAAAACAUGUUUAGAUAACACACUACAGACUGAUCACAGAGUUGGCGAAAAAUUGUGGAAGAUUGCUUUAAAGGAUAUAGAAGUCGACUUUCAGUAAUCUACUUUUUGUGUAAUCGAAGUAUUUGUCCAAUCUGACACUAGUUGAAAAGUGUUUCGUCGAGAUAAGUGAACUUAAAUCAAGCACUCUUAGAUGUGACAUAAUUUGUAAGAUAAGAAUUGCGUUGAAUUGAUGCUAAUGAACAGAAGAAAAUAGGAUGUAAUGCAGGGUUAUGAGGUAUUUGUCAAAACUGUUUCUAUUUUGCGUUUAGCAAAAUUUGUAGGAUGCCAAAAUAUUACCAAUAUGUUACUGGUUACGUUUAUGUAUAUAAGUUCAUUUUUGAGCAACAUUUUUUUUUGUUAUUCGUAAAAGAUAUACGUUAAGAAACAAGUUAACUAAAUGCAAGUUAUAGAUAAAACAGAGAAACUAAGCUCGAGUAAAUGCUGGUGUAACGAAGGUAUAUAAAAUAAAAAUUAAACAACGAUUUAGUUAUUCAGUUGCUGAUCGAUCGUAUACGCCGGCAUUGAGAUAACCGUCGUUGUAGGCAUUGAGGUACACCAAAAACAUUUUUCAUCAUUUUAUCAUUUUUCGUACGAUAAUGAUUAGAAAUAUAAAAAAAUGCUUAAAAGUUUAAAUCACCACAGAGAACAUAUUCCCUGUUUCAAAGCUCACACAUACACACUUUCCACAGACAUGCAGAAACAUUUCUCGUCCCAAGGCGUAUACAUAUACAUGACACAUGCUCCGGAACCCUUGUCCUGCUGUCAAGCAUACGUUCUAAAUGUAAACUUGAUAUAAGACGUGUUUCUUACUCUUGUGUUGGAAUAUGCCCUUUGCUCAGUAUUUACGAUAGAAAACAUUUAAAUUAUGCAUCCGAAAAGUUUCCUAUACUGGUUGUAUGCUAAACAUAUUCACAGGAAUGAUGCAUGCUUUCAAGUAAUAGAGUCGACUCAGGAAAGGAAUAAAGGUGCGAAGCAUUUGGAUAGUAAAUACAACUGAACUUUUUUCGUAAUCCCUAUUAUGGUAUAAGUACGAGUUCAUUGCGUAAUUCAAUUAACAGCUUUCAAUUUAUAGAAGCAGCCAAUGUCAACAUGGACGAUGUUUUUUUUCCACGAUUUUUCAUAUGUGAUUAUAUGACUCCUAUUCAUUGAAUAUAAAGUACAGUGUGCAGAAAACUGUUAAAGUUUUGGAGAUCUCUUGAAAAAAUUUCUUGCCCGUUAUUAUGAAUUAAUAAAUAAUAUGAUAAUUUACUCCUUUUAGAAUUUUCAAAAGAGCUGUUUACCAUUCCUUCACAUUGUCAGUGUGCUUUCAAGUGUUAUGAAUAAUCCACGACAAAUCACCGAUUCGCUUUCGAAUAAACGACAUAAUUUAAAGCCACCGAAACAAUAUUACUGCUGAAAAGGUAUAAAAACAAUAACAAUCAGAAACAGUAUAGAAAGUGCCAAACGAUACACAUCGUUAUUGUUUAUUUCUCAUUUUGCUUACUUCAAUCGCUACCGCUGUUCUUUUGUUACUGAGGCAACAAACUUUCACAAGCAAGAAAUCCAUGCAAACCGCACACCAUAAACUCCCACCCUGACAGAUAUUUAGAUUGUAACUGUUCCACAGAAACAAACCAUUUAAUUUUGAUUAUGCGCAAUACUUUUGCCUUAAAGUUUUUUUUUCUGGUGUCAGUAUUCAAACAGUUACGAACGGAGAACUCUCUGACCAAAACAAUUGUUUACUUAAACUAAAAACAUUGAACAUACAUAGUGUAUCGUGAAAGCAAAUAUGUAAAGAUAAAAUCAAGAAUCAUUGCACCAUUUAACUUUCCAAUAUGCGCACUUUUCCCAGUUCAAAACCAAAUUUCACCGUCGGAGUGAAAUAUAAUAAAAAACAAAAAUCCCUCCUGCUAGAAAACACAUUACGCGAAAAAAAAAUCGACAGCCAACCAACCACGCUAAAUAAAAUAGAACAAAGGAUCUCUUAAUAUAAAUAUAUUUUUGAAUAUUCGUUUUUUACCUUUAACAAGAAGGACUCACUUGUUAUUGUAUGCAGUGAAGAAAUGCAAAUAGACAACCAAAAGUAGAAAAGCAACAAUUCGUUUAGCAACACACAUAAAGUUUAAUUAUACAGAAACACUUACACUAAACACACACAUGCAUUAGCAAUUAGAACUCUUUAUUAACAGUGUACGUAAGCAUUUUUGAAGUAAAGUUUAGCUUGGUACACUCGUCGAAGAUCUUUUCUUCUCUAUCUCUUUGAUAAUCGAACUGACGCUCGAAAUAACUAAAAGUUUAAAGAAUGCAGAUGGAAUC